GUUAAUGAAGAUAUAAAACCCGCACCUUGUAUGGGAAUGUAUAUUUCUCAAAGAAGUGAUGACAGAGGACACGUUAAGCAAGAGCUGUCUCAAGAUGUUUACGGCUAUCCCACGCCAAAAAAGAAUAUAUCUAGAUCAGAUAGUAAUAUUACCUCAGAUUCAGAUGUAUACAUCCGUCCAUGUGAUAUCAGGGAAGACGUAGACAGGAAACAUACAACGGAUAAAUUUCAAGUUAACAAGGAUAGGUGGUUGUUGAAUCCGGACGGUUAUGGUUAUAUGAUGCCACAAGCGACAACGCAAAGGUCUGAUAGUAAUGUAACUUCAAAAUCAGGGGUGUACAACAUUCCAUAUGAUAAAAAAGAAGAAAUAUACAGAGAAACUCCGACGAGCACUUUCCAAUUUAACGAGGAGAUGUUUACAUCGAAUCCUGGAAGUCUCAGUGUGAAUGGUCAUUUACAGGCAAAUAAACAUGCGGCAAAAAUCAUCUAUAAGGAUCCUCAGUUAAGACGUCAUAAUUCAUAUCAUUACAUGGAUAUUCGACAAGCUAGACAAGGACCCUUAAUUCACCAUAAUAGUCAAAGAUCAACUGGUAAACAAGAAAUGGUUAUGACUAAACAAAAGAUGUCAGAUAUGCAAACUGUGAAAUCAGAAGGCUUUGAUAAUUCGAAGAUGCAUAGAUCUGUGUCGAUGAACAGUUUCAUAGACACAUCAAGAGGUAUCAGAACCAAGCAUCCCUUACAAGCUGACCAUAAACAAAGCAAGGAAGGACAUUCAAAUAGCAGUGUGACAACAUUUAGAAUGAGCCAAAGUUUCAGGCAAGAAACGCAAAACAGAAAAUAUUCAGCUCCAUCUCAACAACAUAGAUCAUUUAAGAGGGAAAAUAGUCAAAGGAGAGAAUACAUUGACCAAUUCGAGCGUGAUGCUGGAUUAGAAACAGGAAGAACAGAAAUGUGGAAUAUCGAAAAUCUGUAUGUUCCAACAGAAGAACUUUAUGUAAUGGAUGGUGACAGAAGUGGUUUGUGUGUCAUUUUUAAUAUGGAAACAGUUGGAACUACGUCAAGAUUUGGAACAGAGAUUGAUGUGAAUGGACUGAAAAAAUCUUUCGGAAAUUUAGGAUUUGACUUGGAAGUAAUACAAAAUCCAACAAGGAGAGCUAUCAAGGAUUACAUGAAUAGUGUGAAAUCAUUAUCUCACCAUAGAAAAGACAGUUUUGUAUGCGUGAUACUUAGUCAUGGACGCGACGGUCAUAUCCGUUCCUCUGACAAUGAAGACGUUCCCUUACUUGAAAUAAUAGAACCUGUAAAGUCAUGUGAAUCUUUAAUUGGAAAACCGAAGCUUUUCUUUGUUCAGGCUUGUCGUGGAUCAAAAACUGACAACGGAGUUUGGACCGAUGCUGCAGAAGAUAUAAGUGAUGACAAUUUAAGGAAACUAUCGUUACACUCGAAUUUACUUGUAUCUUAUGCUACAAUCGAAGACUUUGUUGCAUACAGGAAUGGCAAGGACGGGUCUAUUUACAUAAAGAUUUUAUGCUAUCUACUAGACAAAGAGGGCUUUACCACAAAGCUGACAGAUAUAUUAAAGAAAGUGAAUAGAAUGACAUUAGAUGCUUUUGGUGACUCAUCCGUAUGCCAGGUUCCUAGUUUUACAUCAACACUUCGAAAGUCUGUGUUAUUUAAGCAAAAGCAAGAAAAGAAGGCACGUUCUACAUUUAAAUAA